AUGAAUAAUAAGUUGGAUCCUUCUAAGUUUGUUGGGAAGGGUAAUGUAGGGAAUGAAAGGGUUUGGAAUGUCAGGGGCUUGAAUAAAGCUGUUAAACAGAAGGAGGUUAUUGAUGUUAUUAGGAGUAAUAACAAGACCUUUGGUCAAUGGGAUUGGGUUUCUAAUAAUAGUAGCUGUGAGGCUGGAACUAGAAUAAUUGUUGGAUGGAAUCCUAGAUUGUUUGAUGUGAUGGUGAUUUCUCAAUCUAGACAAGUUAUACACUGUUAUGUUAGGUCCUGUAAUUCCAACUAUAGCAUGUAUUUUUCUUUUAUAUAUGCUGCUUCGAAUUAUCUUGAGAGAAGGUUAUUAUGGGAUAAUUUGAAGAAACAUAUUUUGGUUGUUAAGAAGGAAGCAUGGGGAAUUUUAGGUGAUUUUAAUGUUGCUUUAAAGCCAUCGGAAUAUUCUGAGGGUUGUUCUAAAACUCCGAAAGGAGUUGAUGAUUUUAUUGACUAUAUAAACUUGAUUGAAGUAGAGGAUCUGAAUUGCUCUGGGUUUCAGUUUACUUGGAAUAAAACUCCUACUGGGAAUAAGGGUCUUUUGAAGAAGUUAUAUAGGGUGAUUGUCAAUUUGAAAUUUGUUUUAGAUCAACCUAAACCACAUGCAGUUUUUAAACCUUAUAGGGUGUCGGAUCACUGUCCUGCUAUUUUAAAUGUUCCUGUUGGCAAAUUGAGAGGGAAACCUUCGUUUUGGUUUGCCAAUUUUAUCACUGAGAAGGAGGAAUUCUUACCAUUGGUUGAGGAAAUUUUGGAUUCUAAUAUUGACGGUUUUUUUAUGUUCAAAGUGUGUCAAAAGUUGAAGAUUCUUAAAAAGUAUUGUCGGGAGCUUUGCAAUAAACAUAGGGGUUCUGGGAAGAGAAUUCAAGAGUUAAGAAAGGAGUUGGAAGGUAAACAAGCUGAUAUUGAUCUUAAUCCUUUUGAUUGUAAGAUUAGGGAGGAGCAUGCUAAUAUUUUUUUUGAAUUCAAUGUUGCGUGUAAUGAUGAAGAAAAGCUUCUUUACCAGAGAUCUAAGAUAAAUUGGUUACUGGAAGGGGACAAUAAUACAAAGUUUUUUCAUAGAGUUGUCAAGAGUAGGGGCAAUAGAAAUCGUAUUUUGAUGGUUCUUGAUGAAGAUGGAAGAUGGGUUAGUGGGAAGGCUAUGAAGGAUAAAUUUGUGACUCAUUUCAAUAAGUUUUUAGGUUGUGAAGAUGUUACUGAGUUCUGUUGUUUUAAUGAUGGGUUCUUUCAUAAUAAAUUGGAUAGUAGGGUGGCUUUAAAUAUGAUUAGAGUGGUUACUGAUGAAGAAAUUAAAGUUGCGAUGUUUGAUAUUGAUGACAAUCGUGCCCUGGUCCAGAUGGGUUCUCCUCCAAAUUUUUUAAAAGUGCUUGGAACAUUGUUGGGAUGGAGUUUGGGUGAUAUUGUGAGCAAAAAUCAAUCAGCUUUCAUUCCAGGGAGAUCUAUUUUGGAUAAUAUUCUCCUUGCUCAGGAGCUGAUUGUGGGGUCUAAAAAUAAGAGAGGAGUUCCCAAAUGCACCAUAAAGAUUGAUAUUCAAAACGCAUAUGAUAAGGUGGAUUGGAAAUUUCUUAAAAGGAUUCUCCUGGGAAAUGGGAAUUCAGCUAGAGUUAUUAGGGAUGCUCUUGAUGAGUUUAAAAAAGUUUCAGGUUUGAAGGUGAGCAUGGAGAAAAGUCAGAUUUUCUUUAGUUGUGUUAAACCCAAUAUAAGAAGGAUUAUCUUGGGCAUUCUUCCUUUUGAUAUUGGAAAAUUUCCUUUUAAGUAUUUGGGAAUUCCUAUGUCUGUUACUAAGUUAUUUGGCAGAGAUUGUAAACAGCUUAUUGAGAAGAUUAAGAUGAGAGUUUUCAAUUGGAAAAGCAAGGCUUUAUCGUUUGCUGGGAGGCUGCAACUCAUUAAUUCUGUUUUGACCUCUAUUCAUGUGUAUUGGGCUUCGAUUUUAAGUUUCUUGUGGGCGAAUGGUGAGAUAGUCAAAGGGAAAGCUAAAGUCAAGUGGAAUGAUAUUUGUAGGCCUAAAGCUUAUGGUGGUUUAGGAGUGAAGAAUUUAAGGAAAUGGAAUGAUGCUUUGUUAGCUAAACAUGUGUGGAAUGUGAUUAAUAAUAAAAAUUCUCUGUGGGUCCGGUGGAUGAAAACCAAUUACAUUAGUGACAGGAAUUUUUGGGAUAUUUUGCAAAAGAAGAUUAUGAGCUGGACUUGGAAGAGGUUCCUUGAGGUGAGGAAAAUUGUUAGGCCCCAUAUUGUUUCGUGUGUGGGAAAUGGGAUGAAUAAUUCUCUUUGGCAUGAUUGGUGGCACUCAAUUGGUAUAUUCUGUUCUAUUAUAUCUAGAAGAGAUUGGGUUAGCAAUGGAUUUAGUGACACUUCCAUUGUCAAUGAUGUUUUAGUUAAUGAUAUCUAUAUAUGGCCGGUUGAGUGGGUUAAUAAAUUCCCUGGAUUGAAGGAUGCCCCCAUGUUUUGCAUUAAGCCUAAUUAG